AUGAGUCGUCUUCCAACCUCGAAUACUGACUGGGAUACCCAAACCGUUGUCGGGUCACGGGCCCGCGUCGGUGGCGGUGGCCCCCGAGCUACAGUUGCCCGCUCCCAAGCUGAGAUCAAUGCCGCCCGCCGGUCGGGCAACGUUCUGGCAGUUGAGAAGAAGUUCGCCGCUGGCAACAAAUCUGGCAACCCCGAGGGCCAGCGUCUAGCCAAGAUUGAUCGUGAUGAUAACGUUGCUCCUCCUGCCAAAAUUUCGGCCGACGUCGGUAAAGCUAUUCAGAAGGGUCGUCAGGAUAAGAACCUCACUCAAAAGGACCUUGCUACAGCUAUCAACGAGAAGCCCCAGGUCAUUAACGACUAUGAGGCCGGUCGUGCUGUUCCUAACCAGCAGGUUCUCGGAAAGAUCGAGCGCAAACUGGGUAUCAAGUUGCGCGGCAAGGAUAUUGGUUCUCCGCUGGGCGGCCCCAAGAAGAAGUAA